AAAUAUAUAUAAAACACAGGAAAAUCACUUUUGACUGCACUUGGCCUUUAAUGAGUAAAAACAUCAUAGUAUUAGGAAUUUCGUAGUAAGUCAUGUCAAUGAGUCAGUCAAAUUUGUAUUGUUUAAUAAGUAAAUAAUAAAUGAUCACUACCUAAAGAAUUCAAUUCACCACUCUAUUUAGUCCAGAGUUGUCCUUGGUCAGGUCACAUGGUCAGGAAAAAAAAUAACCUGUCUCACUGGCCUUAACCAAAGAUGGUGGUAUAUACUUAAUCUCUAUACUGUAAUUACGUUAAAAUGUUUGGGAAUCGGCUAUUGAAAGUGUUAAGAAGGAAAGCCCACCACACUGGGGUAGUAAUAAACCGGAGGUGAUUUAGAACAACUCUGGAUUCUGAUUAGCUGCUUGGAAGGAAAGUCACCCAAAUGCUGAGAGGCUGAGAGAGAGAGAGAGAGAGAGAGAGAGGGAGAGAGAGAGAGAGAAAAUUCCAAGAGGAUCUGAACGGGAGCAUAGGCUACUAGUCCCUGAGCUGCUGAUUUAAACAGGACACUCAGAAGAGUAGCGGGAUACUGAGUUGAUGGAUCUUUCUUGAGGCGUUGAAUACUUAGGGGUUUCGCAAAUAAAAACAAAUCCAACCAAAUUGCUGGAUUUCUAGGUUUUCUGUUUUCACUGAGGGAUUGGCUUUAAAGAUGAUCUUGACUCGUUUUUGUCGGAUCCUUAACUAACUCAGACAGGAGCCGCUGUUCAUGGAGAUCUGGACACUUCUAUGCCUGGCUCAUAUAUCACAGCUGCCCUGCAGGAAUUGAAGCCACUAAUGACGACCCCAGCGAUGGAGGAGGAGGCGAGGCCUGUAGAGAAAGGGGCUACUCUUACAUCCCGUCUCUCCAGAGCACUCGAUCUCCUCACUGGGGACAUGCGUGUGUAUGGAGAAUGGAUCAAAAAGCAGGUUGUGGUGGUCCAGGUGGUGGACUGGGUCCUACGUGGGGUGGCCCAGGUCAUGUUUGUCAACAACCCCCUCAGUGGGCUGCUCAUCACGUUUGGCCUGGUGCUGCAGAACCCCUGGUGGGGCCUGAACGGACUGCUAGGAUCCCUCGCUUCCACACUGUCUGCACUCCUGAUUGGACAAAACAGGGGGGCCAUAUCUGCUGGUUUAUAUGGCUACAAUGGGACCCUGGUUGGAAUGCUGAUGUGUGUCUUCUCAGCCAAAGGGGACUGGUACUGGUGGCUUCUGCUCCCUAAUAUGUUCACGUCCAUGUUAUGUCCGAUAGUCUCCAGUGCCCUGGGCUCAGUGUUCAGCAAAUGGGACCUCCCUGUGUUCACUCUACCGUUCAACAUCCUUAUGUGUUUGCACAUGGCUGCCAUGGGGUCUAACCACCCCUACUUUCCAGAGGUGCUAAUCCAGCCAAAGUCCUCCCUCCAUCUGAACUCCACCUUGGCAGAACCAAGCAUACCUCAGCUCUUGGUGGCGGUGCCAGUUGGCGUGGGUCAGGUGUACGGCUGUGACUGCCCCUGGAUCGGAGGAAUCUUCAUCGUAGCCCUGCUGCUCUCCUCCCCAACCAUCUGCAUGCAUGCUGUACUGGGCUCUAUUAUUGGCGUAGUGUCCGGUCUUGCUCUGGCUGCUCCUCUUGAGGACAUCUACUCAGGACUGUGGGGCUACAACAGUUGUCUAUCCUGCAUCGCUAUUGGAGGGGUGUUCUAUGCACUGACAUGGCAGAGUCAUCUACUGGCUAUUACCUGUGCCUUUUUCUGUACAUACAUAAGUUCGGCCAUCUCAAAUCUGAUGUCCAUAUUUGGGCUACCAGCAUGCACCUGGCCUUUCUGCCUGUCCGCCCUCACCUUCCUCCUCAUCACCACGGAAACCAGAGCCAUCCACAGACUGCCUCUGUCGGCCGUGACGUACCCGGAGGAGAACAGGCGCUACUACAGAGAGAGGAGAGGCUCUAUGAAAGUUGAAGAUCACCAGGAGGAUCAGCAGAACAUCAGUAAAGAGGAGAAACUGCUGGAGGAGAGAGAAGAGAUAAGGACUCAUAUCAGCCUGUCAGUAGAGUAGGGUGUAUUCUGAGGAUACGGAGUGAAUAGCCUAUCUCUCCGUGAAUGCUAGUAGCCCAUGGAAAAAUUAUAGGAAAAUGUUAGCAAAUGAUAGUAAAGUCAACUCUGGAGUUUGAGACAUUGAAAACAUAUUGGCUGGGAUAUCAAUAGCUAUUGUCUUACAGUCAAAGAAACCUCUGACUUCAUUAAUUUCAGCUUCCUCUAAUGUUUUGAAAAGCACUGUUUUUCUAUCCUGGAAUCCACACUGAAAAUGAUUCCGGGCUAGAGUUUCACUAUAUUCCACAAAUACUUUCGCAAUGAGCCUAAUAGCCUCUGGACUACAACAACUUUAGCAUCCUUACAUUGGACUCAAUAUUUUAUUGUAGAAUUUAUAGUUUUGAAUUGCUAGUACACCUUUUUAAAUAUGGGCUUUGGAUUCAGACUGCACCACUAAUUUGUCAUAACUUUAUUGCUCAGUAGAGGGCAGCACUCACCAAGGGAAGCUGAUGCUACUGCUGUGUCUGAAGGACACAUUUUUGGAAUCUCAAAAUAAGCGCUGUUUAUAUUGAACAAAUUCUGUUACAAGACUGUUUUCUUAUUCUAUUUAUUAGAUUAGUAGAGAGGUGAGGGGGGAUACACGUGAACAGAAAUACAACAUUCCUUCUCUCUGGAUGUGGAGAGGAAUUUACAGUGCAGUAGAUCGUCACAGCAGUUCAGCCAGUGAGGAGUUAAAGGGCGCUCUCAUAUAGUGCUCUACCAGCAAAACCAGGCUAUUUUCAGACAGGUACUGUACAUCACUGGCCUCGCCUCCUCUGCACUUGGAGGUAGACACAUAUUAUUGGAGAGGACAGUGAUGGAUGUGAAGAAGACACAUUUGUGAGAGAUAUUCUCUGAAACAUGUCCACGAUCCUCUCUCUUUGUUUCACCAGUCCCCUCCCAACAUCAGGUGGGAUGUGACUGCAUAAACUAUAGUGUGUGUGUGUGUGUAUGUAUGUCUGUACAUAUUUUGUCUGUGUUAAACCGUGACACGUUCACACGGUCCAGCUGCAGUGACAGUCACACUCCCAGACGUGUGUGAGAGUCGAAGCAGACAGGAGAGAGGGAGGGGAAUAGAGCAGAAAGAAGAAGAUGAGGGGUUGGGCGAGGAGAUUUAGAAAAAGGAUUACUAGACUAAAAAUGAACUGAAUCACGUUCUUGCUAGUCCUCUUCCUCACAUCCUCCACACUCAUAAAGACAGCCCUGGGAACUGGUCGUCACGAGUUACCACAGCCACAAAGUUAUAAUUAUGGCUAAA